AUGGUUUCUCACACCCUUGAUGGUGCUUCCUCCCUUCCCCCGCCAGAGACGAGGUUAGAGAUCAAGCAGAACUCCGCCUUUCUACAAUUACCAGAUGAGCUGCUUCAAAUAAUCACAAAGUAUAUGGACACCGGCACAUUUUUCGCAUCCCUCCUAACAUCCCGCCGCUUUCUCGAGUCGGCAUUGUCAAGAAUACUCCUCUUCCAUCAUCUAAAGCGCAUACCUGGGCUCACCCUGGGACUCACAGACCUUCCCACGCCUGAUCUAUUACUGUUUUUCAGAAAACGUGCGGCACAGAGUGGUUGCGCAGCUGGAGCCCUUGCCAAUGUUACUAAGUAUGCUCAUCAGUCGCCAGGGAAAACUAUGAGCAACGCACUCUUCAUUCCUUCGGAUCCGUCGCAAACUGGCAACUUGGCUCAACUGGUAACGACUCGAUACGACGGUGUACUACAGAUCUACGACCUGGCUAAGGAUCACAUACGACGCAGAGUCGAACUCCACAUAAGGCCUGAGGGGGGCUGCUCAAGCACCAGGAUUGAGAUCCUCAAAGUGUCCUUCUCUCCCAGCAGUCGAGAUCUAGCCGUCCUAUACCGGCAAAAGGUACAUUCACGUAACGCAUCUCCUUUCCCAAAGAGAACUGAAUCCGCUUGUGACAGCGAGGUUUACAGGCUGGUCACCUUUCAUCGUUGUUUUGCAAAGACGCUGGGCUAUUUCUACGACUCUUCUCUGCAGGAGACACGAGACAUAGAAACCCUUGAAGACCAAGAAACUGUUGGUCUAGCCUUUGCAUCGAACGGUAAUGCGUGUAUUGCUUGGAAAAGUCCCGAUGGGCUUAACAAAACCAGGAUAUGCCUUGUCGGUCGGAAUGAGAAGAUCAUGGAAGAGUGUAGAUAUGACUCGUCUCCUGACGUCUUGGAUAUUCAUGACCCUUCGGCUUUACCUGCACAUAUGUACAAACAUGGCGUAGUGUCGAACUGCCAAUUCGUCGACAACGACAGCAAAUUGAAUUUCUACAAGGCGGGCGCCCCUGUCCAUAGCUGGUACACGAGCUGCCCGAAUCCAGCCGAAGAAGAGAGCGGCCCAAUUCUGUGCAACACAGCCUCGAUCGAUAUUGAGAACGAUGGUACACGCCAAGCAUUUGAAGUUGGAAUGCCUUACUAUGGCAUCCAUACCUACAGCGCUUUCUCAUGUCGAAUCUUCUAUUUUGCUCUCGCUAUGAGUAAGAAUUUGAACAAAUAUGGCCGGACAGAUGUAUUUAUUGUGCAGGCGGAUUCCUUUUUAUCUUUGGGUUCCUGUGAUCACAGUAUGCAUCUCGACAAGGGUCGAAAGCAGAGAUCGUGGGCGGCGCUAGCACUUCUGGCAGGGUUCAAUGAACGGAGCGCGCAAUGCCUAAGCUCGCUGGGCACCGUCGUUGCGAUUUCCCCUGGUGGUACACGGAUUGCGGCAGCGAACUGGUCUCGUGUACUAGUCUGGUCGAUGAAUCCUAGAGUGCUUUACCAGGGAGAAUCACAGCAUUACUUUCCGGCCCGUGACUACAACAUGAGAAAGGGCAUCGGCCGGUUACGGCCCACUUUGCUAUCCUCGGAAGGAGUUGUACACAAAAUGUUGUGGGGAAAUGAGGUGCAACUCUACGCUACAACAGAUCAAGGCCUUGCAAAAUGGGACAUUGGGCACAUGAGCGAAGGAAGAAGAGAGAAUUUGUCGUUGGCAUACGACGUCAGGCCUGAGGCUGUAGUGGCCGCUCCGGUAACGGGCAGGGUGGCGCACCAAAAUUCACCGCGACGAGCGUAG